AUGCUUCCGAGAUUUAAGCCACUGAUCAGCAAACAGAUUUGCACCGUUCUGACUACUCUGUACAAAGCCCUGGAGAAAGGCACUCAGGCUGACAGUGAAGAUGACCAUCCACAUCCCGUUCUCAGAGAACGAAUGGUCAAUCUCGUUUAUCAGAGCGCGUUUCUCGGCGGCAUUGAGGGGUAUGAUGGUGUCUGUAGUGCUGCCGCUAUCUGGGCUGCCCUUUCGAACCGCGUCGCGGAUGGCAUUCUCGAUGUUGUCCUUUUUCUGCCACGCCGCGGCUGCAUCUUAGACUUCUCGCUCGGUGGGAUAAGAUCGCAGGCUGGUUAG